CUCUGGCUCAAUUGCGCGGCUAUGAGCUUCAAACAAGCAAAUCAGAGGCGUGCUUAAUCUCUGCGCUUCGGUACCUGCGCUGGAAACUGCGCCAGAACAGGUCGUACCUACAGGUGCACACGCUGCACACUGCGGUACAGGCUGCGCACAGCCGCCAUGCGUGCGAUUUAUGCAUUCAUCGCAGUGCAACUCCGCAUCGGUGCAGCCCUCAGCAAUGCUGCAGAGGCGAGAUUCAAAGCGUGGGCUAGACCGCGCACCGAUGCGGUGCACACCGUCACACAUGUCCCAGAUUCGGACGAGGCGCGGCUGCGGCGCUACGCAACCGCCGCGUUCGCCGACGACCUCGUGACCACUAACGCGGCCAAUCUCGCGUGCAGGGCUGCCCGACUCCUAUGCAACGGCGAGAAGUCGUCGGGCGCACGGAUCGUCAAAACGGGAGACGUGCUGACGCUCGCAAGGCCGCCGGAGCGGCGGACGCUCCUACCUGACGACGAAGAGAAACGCGACGCCUGGAUCUCGAAGCGGGAACGGCUCCUCGCCGCGCUCCGCGACGAAACUCGGCACGCGCCACCGUUGCAGGUGCUCUACGAGGACGACGCGAUGGCCGUCGUUUUGAAACCAGCAGGAGUCCACGCGAUGAGCUGGCGGAAUACGCUGAAGCGACGACAGCUCUGCCUCGACGACGUCUUGCCGCUUGUCUUGGAACCCUCGCGGGCCGCCGACGCGCUCCCGGCGCCCCUGCCCCGGCACCGUCUUGACGCGCGCGUCGCCGGACCCGUGGCUUGCGCGAAGACGCGGUCCGCGCACGUCGCGCUGGGCCGCGCCUUCGAGCAGAACGAAGUCGACAAGGAGUACGGCGCGCUCGUCGUCGGCGCGGUGGCGUCGGGGACCGUCGAUGCUCCCAUCGACGGCCUCGCCUCGACCACGGUCGUGACGGCGCGCGGUCAAACGCCCUGCGCCGUCGACGGCGUGCUCACGGACGUCGCGCUCAAGCCCGUCACGGGUCGGCGGCACCAGCUGCGGCGCCACUGCGGCGAGACGCUCGGCGCGCCUAUCCUCGGCGACGACUUAUAUGGGGGCCCGCGCAAGAGCAUCGGCCUCUUCCUCUACUGCCGCCGCCUCGCUCUUGCACACCCGCUCGCGCCCGGACGGCUAGUCUCGUGCGAGAUCGACGAGCCGCGGCGCUUCGGGCGGCAUCGCGUCAAGGCCCAGAAGGGCUGGGACUGGGCGCGCGACCACGGCGAAUUGUAA